AUGGCUGGACUAGAAAAGAGAAACCACACGCAAAUCACAGAGUUCCUACUUGUAGGAUUUGAAACUUUUCCAGAGCUGCAGAUAACGCUCCUUGUGGUAUUCUUCAUCAUCUACCUAGGAACCGUUGCUGGGAACCUUCCCCUCAUUCUUACUGUGUGGACUGACCGUCACCUGCACACGCCCAUGUAUUUCUUCCUCAGCAAUUUAUCUUUCCUGGAAACUGGCUACAUCUCCAAUAUCAUCCCCAGGCUCCUGGUGAGUCUUGCAACAGGUGACAAGACCAUUUCUCUCUUGGGCUGUUUCCUUCAGUUGUUUGUUUUUAGCUUUCUUGGUGCUACUGAGUGUUUCCUCCUGACUGGGAUGUCCUAUGACCGAUACUUGGCAAUAUGUGAUCCACUGCAUUAUGCAAGUAAUAUGAGCCCUAGAGCUUCCUUUUGGAUGGCUUUUGCAUCUUGGACAUUAGGCUUUGUGGCUCCUUUCUUCACAAUAAUUAUGGCAUCCAUGUUGCCUUUCUGUGGUCCUCAUGAGAUCAAUCACUUUUUCUGUGAUUUAACAGCUGUGUUGAAGCUUCCAUGUACUGACACCAGCCUGAUAGAGAUGACAGCUCUAAUCUCAUCUUCCACAGUAUUAGUGAUCCCGUUUGCCCUGACCAUCGUGUCCUAUGUCUAUAUCAUCCUGACCAUCCUGAGACUCCCAUCCAACAAUGGGAGGAAAAAGGCCUUUUCCACCUGCUCCUCUCACCUCAUUGUUGUGUCAACUUUCUAUGGGGCGCUAAUCAUCAUGUAUGUGGUCCCAUCCGGAAACCAGUCUCUGGAUUUCAACAAGGCGUUCUCACUGCUCUACAUAGUGGUGACUCCUAUGCUCAACCCCAUUGUCUACAGCUUAAGGAACCAGGAGGUGAAAGAUGCCUUGAGCAGAUCUCUCACUAAAAUGUGGUAUUCCAUCAAAAUGUAG